AUGAAUGAUUUAUAUUUAGAUUAUUAUUUAAAUUUAAUUUAUUAUAAUAAUAGAGAUUUAAUACAUUUUUCAUUUUUUAUAGGAAUAAUAUUAUUGUUAAUAUCAUUUAUAUAUAAUGUUAUAGUAAGACCAUUACAAGAUCCAUAUAGAUUAGUUUAUAGAAAAUGUUUUUUUUGUCAUAAAUUUUGUAAAAUUCAAAAGAUCUAUGAUAAUCAAUGGUCAUGUGAUCAUUGUACACAAUAUAAUGGUUUUAAUAAAGAUGGUGAUUAUAAUACUGUCUUACCAUUAAUGCAUAAAGUUAUGCCAUCACCAUUAGUAUCAUCUUGUAUAAAAUCACCAAAACAACAACAACAACAAUUACCUUUAUCACCAUCAUUACAAUCAUCAAAUCAUCAACAACAACAAUUUAAUGAACAACCAAUUCAACCAAUAACGUUAUGUUCAAAAUGUCAAUAUCAUUUACAAUUAAAAUUAAAUAAAUCAAUUGAAUUUAAUCCACCUCAACCAAAGAAUUAUAAUUUAAGUAAUAAUAAAAGUUUUAUAGCGAAUGAAAAUAAACUAUUUCAAGGUUAUACGAAAAAGUUGGAAGAGGAAUUUAAAUUAUGUGAAACUUGUGAUAGAAUCACUAAAAAAGAAAUCAAUAGAGUUGAUAGUUAUAUUAUCUCCACUUAUUCAAAUACACCAGAUUUUAAAAAAUUACCAAAAAUUAUCUCUCAAAAUAUAAGAAAAAAUAGAAUACAAUUAAUUAAAAAUUAUUUUAUUCAAAAUUCAUCUAUUUUUUCUUUUAUUUCAAAUAUUUUAAUUUAUUUUUUAUUAUCAAUACUUUUAUUUAAUUUAAUUUUUAAAAUUGGAAAUAAUAGUAAUAAUAAAAAUCAAGAUGAUUUAUUCAAUUAUUAUAAUGUAAAAGUUUUAGAAUUUGAAAUAAUUUUUAGAUACAAUCAAGAAAUUAUAGCAAUUAAUUCAUUCUUUAAAAUUCCAAAAAUUCAUAUCCUGACAAAAGAAUCUUUAUUUUUUAUUACUUUAGUGAUUUUUAAAAUAAUAAUGUUAAAGGUACCAUUUAUUGAAAAUUCAAAUCAUUUUUCAAUUUUAAUUAAUAUAUGGAAUCAAAUUUCAAAUAAUUCUAUAUUUUCUUCAAUGUUUUUUGUUAUUUUAAUAUUUGUUCAUAGGAUGGAUACUUUUGUCAAAUUACCAAAAUCAGUUUUCACUUCUAAAUUAUUUGUUGGCUCAAAUGAUAGUUUUAAUCAACAGCAACAUCAACAACAACAACAGCAACAAAGAUCAUUAAAUAAUAAUCAAAGGUUAGAAGAUUUAUUUUCAACUACAACAACUAUAACAAAAUCACCAGUAUCAACACCAUUAAAACAAAGAAAUCCAUUCAACUCUUCAACUUUAAAUAGUAGUGAUAUGUUUGAUAUAAAUGAUUUAACAAAUAGUUUUAAUGGGAGUUUAAGAAAAAAUAAUAACAACAAUAAUAUUAAUAUUAAUAAUAAUCAUAAUAUGGAAGGAUUAAUAUCUUCAUUAAAUAUUGAAGAUCAAGAUAUAUAUAAUAAUAGAAAUUAUAUUUGUAAAACCUUUGAGCCAAGAGUUAGUUUAGUUGAUGAUGGUAAUUUUAAUAAACUAUUGAUAAGUGGUAGAGAUAUAGGUUCGAUAUUGAUAAUACAUGGUUUUUUAAUCAAACUAUUACAAUUAAAAAAAACUGUAAAAAAUCAAAAUAAAUAG